UUGACCUAAAACGUGUGUUACAUGGGAAAAGUUAUUUGCAUAAAUCUGAUUUUAAUUGCGGAUUAAGGCAAUACAUUUACUUAGCGCGUCGAUUUGAGGUUAAUGCUCCAUGUUUGCCUUUAUUGUAAACACUUUUAUAAUGUUAAUAAGGAUAUACAGCAAUUACUUAGCCUGGAGACUUUACAAUCAUUACUGCGACUGGUAAAUACACGUCAAUAUCUUGUAAUUUGUACCAACCAUUGAGAGAAAUUUAAAUCAAAUUGCGUUCACUAGACGUGUUUCUGUAAAGGUUUAGUUUCGAAUGUAAAUAGCGUUUUGUACAUAUUUCACAUACAAACAACAUAGACAGAGUAAUGUUUAUAUUAUGGCGUUUGUAAAGAUACUAUCAGCCGUAAAUGACUGUGAAGCGCCCGAGUGUGAUAGCAUGUUGCUAUCGUCUUCGUAACUAAUGACUGCCAGCUAACUCCGCAACAUAUAUUGAUCGUCUGCUGUUAGUUUCGAAUUCCGUCUGGAUGAUAAAUCGAUGCAAACAUAACAUACGAGGAAUAUAUUCCAGUAUUAAUUCUUGUUGUUUGAUACCCUUGCAAGUGGUGUUAUUUUCGGAUUUGAUAGCAUAGUUCUUGAAGAAUUGUGAUAUUAUGUAAAGAUCGGGAUAUCGCAACGUUUCUACAAGCCAACUUAACCUGCCAUGGCGCAGAGAAUCCCCAUCUUUAAGGACGAUCUCAGUUUCGCUGAACGCCAGGGCCGAGUGUGGAGCGACAUGGAACGCGACUUGGAACGCCGUCGCCGCGAGUGGGAGGACGAGAUAGAGCGCAUGCGCAAAGACUUCUUUACUUUGAAGCCAGACGACAACGGCCGCCUCGAGUCGAUCAGUGACAAGUUCAAAAUGGGUGAAAGUUUAAGGGACGAAGCGCGGGGUGUUAUUGAGAGAGACGAACAAGGCAGACCUGUGUUCCGCGUCCGCUUUAAUGUUGAUACCUACAAGCCGGAAGAGGUUAGUGUGAAAAUUGACACGAAUAAGCUCAUGGUGCACGCGAAACACGAGGAGAAGUCCGAUGGUAAAAGCAUGAGCCGCGAGUACAGUCGUGAGGUGGAUAUACCACGUGAAAUCGAUCCGAUGAAUCUCCAGUGUUCGAUUUCCACCGACGGGAUCCUAACUGUUGAGGCACCGAUGCCCUCGCAGUACGGUGGCGCCAUAAAAGACGCCGGGAUUCGACCACCACCACCGCCUGUUGAGCAUAUUAUCCAGAACAGCACGGCGAACUCGGUGGCAAGCGCCCCCGCUCGCAAUACGCCACCACCGGGUCAACAAGCCGCCCAGCAGAAUAUCCAGAAUCAGCAGCAGCAACAACAACAAAAGCAUUCGUCGACCUUCACAACUUUCCUAUCGGGCGCUUCAGGUCAGCCUCAAACACCGGCGACCAUGCAACAACAGAAGUUUGCGCCGACACAAAUAGCAUCGUCUGCACCUUCUCAAAGCCCACCCUAUGGCGCCGCCCAGCCAAUCCAGUACGCGAGCCCACCACCGCCACCACAGGCUUCUUCCAGUUCGUUCAGCAACGUCUACGAGGGUGAGCGGAAAUUCAAGGUUGACGUCGACAUCGAGGAUUUCGCGCCAGAAGAGCUGUCCGUGAAAACCGUUGAUAAGCGGCUUGUCAUAUCCGCCCGACGCGAGGAAAAAUUGGGGAAUCGAACCUCCACGAAGGAACUAAACAGGGAAAUACAUUUACCGGAAACGGUAGAUCCCUAUUCGGUUAAGGCGUUCUUUUCCGAUGCUGGAAAACUAAUCGUCGAAGCCCCUUACAUUAGAAGCGUCCCUAUUUCACACUACGCAGAGGGUUUCCAGAACGCGGCUGCAGGUCGCUAAAAAAUUAAUAGAUUUCCGAGUUUUAGAAAUGUGCCUGGCAAGUAUGCAGUUAGACAUUUAAAAGAUAUUCAAGUGGUACUAGCUUAAAUGUUUAUAAGGUAAAAUAGUGUUUGAGGGGAAAAAUUGUCAAAAGGAGUCUUAACUGACUAUGAAAUAAAGGCGACCUGUUUAUUCAUCAAAGUAGAAUUUAAUACUUGUCAAUGUCAACAUCCAGAUAUUAGGUUGUAUUUUCUGCCAGAAUAACCAUUGGCUUUGAAAUUGAAUCAUUCAAAAAACGUUUUUCAUGUUAUCACAAAAGCGUGUUUGCUU